UUAAAAUCGAACGGUUCUGCAAUAUUGCUGCUCUGUAAGAUUGUUUUCUUAGUAACGUUUGAUACUAAUGUUUGUGUGUGAAAAAUCAACACGUUGUUUCUCAAACGCAAGAUUGAUCAACCAAUGUACAUGCAACAAUGAAAAACGAGAUCAAACACCUAGCGCUGUUACAAUUUAUGUGAAUUGUUAAGGAUUUGUAAAUACAGUUUUCAUAACAACGUUAUAACGCAUCGAGCUAUGCUUCUCAGCUAAUCUAUGUGAAUCCAUAUUUGUUAUUGUUGGUAUGUGUCGAUUCGCAUGGGCUUGGCAAUACAUAUAUAGAGCAAAAGUAAAGUUUUUUUUUUGGUGUGAAACGCAUACAGUACUAUUUCAGAAUGCUCACUCCUUUGAAUUUACUUUAAUCCUUCAGCGAUGGCGUGAGUAAAGUGAAUAUAAAUUAAUGUUGGAAAUUGCUUACUCACAGUUGGAUUGAUAUUUUUUCAUUCGUGUUGUCUUGGAAUUUAUCCGUUUGCAUUGCAGACGUCUACGUUUUGCAUUGGGGACAGUCCUUAUGCUUAUCAACGUAAUAUUUCUUAGUUAGUUAGAUUAGAUUAGAUUAGAUUACAAAAUUUAGUUAGUAUCAAUGGUUGCCAUAUAAACAUUCAUUAUAAAUAUCGCGAUCGAGUGACACGAUUUAUUGUUCGUUAACUAUGUAACAAUAGACUGAGAGGAUAGAAGAUGUAUAGGAGAUACAGGAAUGAAAUAAAAUGUUUCGUCUGUUGCGAUGAUUUGUUCGAUGUCUGCAGAGGGGUAAACAAAGAAAAGCACAUCGACCUUUCGUUAUGGCAUGUUGGAAAAAAAUGUCAUCGGUUGAAACAAACCGCCAACAAGAGGUGUAACAAAUGAAGUGAAAAUGAAUUGAGGAGAUGGCUUAGGGUAGGAGUUUUAUCUUAUGAAUAUACAUUGUACAUAAACAUAUAGUGUUCGACGAAUAGAAAUAUGUUUUACUACGAGAUAUGCGAUUGAAUUGUUAAUGGAGGGGAGAGGGUGAAAUGAUUUAUGGAGCUAAAGCUUUUAUGUUUUAAUCGUGCAGUCGAAAUAGAUGCAAAUGAUAUAUGUUACGCUGAAGCUAACAUUCCCACUAGAGUGUUAACAUAAAUGGUAAAUUUAAUGACUAUCUAGCUAGUUCUAGAUUGACUCGAACGUUUUAUUUUUGGUUAUAUUUUAACUUGUCCCAUAGGAAUUGGUAACACAAAAAUAGACGUACUCUAAAGAGUACGUCACAAAAAGAAUCAAUUAGUAUCGUAUAAGAUGAAUCGAUUUGCAGAUUAAGUUUCUUUUUUUCAAUUAAAAUGCUCCUAAAAACGUGUCUUAACGCAAUUUUGUAAUGGUGCCGAGACGAAGCAUUUUUGUCUCACGUAAGCUACAGCAAUACUUGAAGCUGUGGCUAGCCAAAACAACAACAAAAAAACCUACAAAGCGUGCAGAGAAAUGCGGGUUAAUUGGGGAAGCAUGUUUUGCCUUGGGUACUGUAGACUAGAUGGUGUUGCAGCAGUAGCGGUACUUUGCUGGACAGUGUAGGUCAAGAGUACAUUUCAACGGUAGUCAUUUGUGCUUGAUUUGGACAAUGUGUUGGCUGGAAAAUAAGAAUUGGAGUACAUCUGAAUAAAUGUUGAUUUAAAGUGAUGUAUUGUAAAUACAUAUUAUUCGUAAUUAAACGUACAAUCAUUAUUUGUAAUCGUGACGCAACUCAUAUUAUGUUCGAUUAUUGUACAGUGAAUGAUUCAACUGAACUAGAAUACUAUAGUGGAUUAAAUAGUAGGUGAUAUUUUUGAAAUAUUGAAAUGCACGAACAUUUCUUUUUGCUAUCCACCCAUUCCAUGAUCUGAACGUUAUGAAUUGCUCUUUAAUGCUUCACUCUCUGCCAUAAUGCUGGAAUGAGAGAUCGAUAAUGCUUCCGUUAAUGCGCGAGGCAAGAGAGUAUGCCGCCACGAUCAUCAUGCGCAAGUGAGCUAACGGAAAUAUGUUUUUUUCGUGAGGUUUUCUCUCUGUGAUCGCACGCUACCGAGCGCGCAUUCCCGAGUGUGUUGCUUUCUUCAGUCACAGUUCAUUCGUCUACCGAGGCGCUUCGUAGCGGUUGGACGUUGUGGUGUCGUGCUGCUAUUGGGAUUUACUAUGUUAGACUUUAUUGUGUUUUUAGCAAGUUUUACACAGUUUUGUAACCUGUUUGUAACUGUCAAAACGUUGGGAUUUUUGUGUGAUACCAAAUGUGCAUGUGGUUAUGUGUGAAGGGUUUUGUAGAGGUAGUGGUGUGUCCUAGUACCUAGUGGUAUGUGUCGUGAAAUGUGCAAACAAUAUUUUAUUGUUAUCUGAAGAUUAAUAUGUGAGAAUAUGUGACAAAUCUUGUUUUGAGUCGUGCAUUUCCGCAGGGUUGUGGCGAACGUGUGUGUACGUUGAUAAGCAUAAAGCUUGCUGGUUGAACCAACAAGAAAAGGGAAAUAUGUAUCAUUAGUACAUUUGACGGCGAAUUGUUCGUUAUACAGUUGGAGGAGUUUGUGUUUUUUAUAGCAUUCAAAUUUAGAAUUAAUGCGAAAUUCGAUGGAAUAGUUAAACAGGUGUGAACAUGAGAUAGUGUUAUGGAUAUAUUCAUCUCAACAUUAAAUGUUUGUUCACAACGUUCUGCUGGUGUGUGAGUGAUGUUUAGUGUUAACCGCAGUUUGUUUGGUAAACACGAUACUAAGUGAUACUGUUUUAAAAUAAUUGCAAAACUUUUACAUUCAUGUCAUAAAAGAAAAAUAGAAACAGUGAUUAUAUCAACUUUGGAUUUCCCAGCUUAUGGGUGUUUGAUGUGUUAAUGAUGAUUAUAAUAUAGCUGCAUCGUUGUGAUUUCGUAGAGUUUGUUUUGUUGAACUAGUAAAUGAUAAUGAAAAACUGAAACUACAUAUUUUGCUUCAGUCUUCCAUGUGAAAGAGAAUAGUUUUCAAAUGGUUUAAUAUGUAGAAUAACCAAUAACCUCGUUUGGGGAUGCAAAAGUGUCUGCAAAUGUUGACGAUGUGAAGAUAUUGAUUUAAAAGGAACACAAAUGUCCAAGAGAGCAUAAUUAUAGAAGACAACAGUUCUGCCACAAUUAUAAAUAUAUUGCUACCCAGAUAUAAACCAUUUGACGAAAGCUACAAUAGAAAGCAUUUCAAUAGUAAGAAACGUUGUAAGAAGAGCAGCGGUAUUUUCACUUUCGAUCCUAUGCAAUGGUAAGGUGCGUUCAAGUGUUUGUUUUCUUUUUUCUCCCAGAAUUACGCUGCAGGAAUGCUAUUGAAAGAGUAAAGCAUUACAGCGUGGGAGUUUUUAAGAUGACGUUUACUAUAUUGUUACGUUGGUCGCGCUAUAGCAUCUACAGAGCUUUUCGUUUACUCUUCGCCAGGGUUCAUUGUUGUAUACAAUUUGGAUGUGGAAGCUACUUUCACAAUCGCAGGUUUUCACUUUUCAGCAACGUAACAUUUUCUCCCUUAUUAUUGUCUAUAAAUAAACUAAGUGACAAUUCAGAUGAACAACAUAAAUAUGUACCAUCAUAAGCAAUCCUUAAAAGUAGUAUUGACGAAUGCAAGGGUUUGAUUUUUGUUUUUGUCCGUUGCUGAAGCCAUAUAACGCGUAAGCUAUUUCAAAUGCGUAUAAUGUAAAAUAAUGUAAUGUCAGUCGAUUCCGUGGCACAGUCGUCAAUUCGAUUGACUUAACAACAUGCCCGUCAUUAGUUCAAGCCCCGAAUGCGCCAAUCACCAAUAGUGCAGGAUUGACAAGCAUACUAUAUGGGUAAUCUAUAAGUCCUACAGUAAAGCCUUGACUGGCUACGGUUGUUGCUCCAAAUAUAUGUUAUGCUAUGCAGGAUAUGUUUUGUAAACAUGUAAUUCUAGCCCUACUAAAAGCAUAGAAAUAUGAGGAUUUUAUUUCCGUGCUGAUUCAGUGCAGUGUAUCACAGAAGCCACGUUAGUUGAUCGCGAGUUUACGGGAGUUGGAGGCGUGUUUACUGUAGUGCGAAUACAUGUUACGUCAAUAGCAGAUGCAUGCAAAUUAAAAGAAAAGUUAAAUCACCGCCCCAAAAAAGUAAAUUGUCGUCGAUUGAAACGAGCAAACACUUCAAUAGCUGUGGCACUGUGGCAAUAGCUACCUGAAAUCGAUGGAUAAAAUUUUGCGUGUUGUUUUGUUAAUGGAAAGAAGAUUGUUUUUGCUUACGUAAGGAAUGCAAAGCGACCGUUCACAGCCAAAACUAGACAAAGUUUCACGAAAUUUGUACAUAGCUAUGCAUAAUCCAUCCGCACUUUAUCCCACAUAGCAAUUUGCUGUACCAUUGGAAUUACAUUGGUUCAUCUUUUCUCCAUGCAAUUUGCGCAGCCACUUUCUGUAUUGAAAUGGUGGAGAAUCGCAGCAUCAAGAGAAGAGUGGUUAAUUGUGGUUUUCCUGGUCCUGCAAUUUGUUAUGCUGAACCUCUUCUCUCGUUGCUUCGUAAGCCUGCUUCUUGGAUCGGAUAAUCAAUUGAUGGAUAGAUGAAGAAGCGCACGGAAAAUUGAGCUCAUCUCCAGUUGUAGGAAAUCGACUUUCGAAAAUACUUGGGUUUUCCUGGUUGAACAAAACAUGCAGUUACAGUUUCUAAGCUUCUUUUUUGAUUUUUAUUUUGGUUCCACCAUUGAAAAAGAUGAUGGUAAUGAACAUGCGUAGUUUGUUGUUUUUUUUUGCUGCUCUUUUUCGAGACGAGUGGUCAGGUCAAAUUAAAGCAGCUUGAUUUUUUGUAACGAUAUGUUUAUGCAUUUAUCGUACAUGUACAGUUUAUUUUAUAUAAAUGUAAACGGUGGGAACUCUUACACAUAUUACCACGAUGACUUCGGCAAAAUGGACAGAGUAUUUAUUGUUAAUUUUCGAAAUUUUUCGGAAAUUAAAGUAUGAUAAUAUACCGUAUUUUAGCAUGUAGAAAGGAUUUGUUAGGUCGAAAAUCACCAAAAUCAGAUUAAGGGGGUUUUUAUACACAGAUAGUGCACCCUUUCGAUUACCCCUGAUACAUUACAAUCGAUUACAUACAAAGAUGGUCUGGUGCAUGGGUAUCCACAAGGAUAAUAGUAGAGAAAACAAGACGAAGUAUUUUUAUAGAUCUUUCGAUAAACUGUCUUAUUUGUCGUUUCUGGUUCAACAAAACAAAAUAUAGAAUUCAAUCUUUUAAUCAAGCUUAUUAGAUGUUACGUGUUUAUAAAUAUAUAUACAACCACGUGUAUAUUAUUCCUAGCAGGGUUUCCAAUGAUUGAUCGAAAGUGAACGUUGUAUUAUACAAUCGAAAGUGAUAUUUUUGAAUAAAAACGUGAAGUGAAUAAAAGUGUUACAUAAGUACGCAAUGUGAAGAAAAUGAUGAUGCAUCAGUCAUCCCGUGUUGUACAUCAAUCUACGGCACCCCUUAGAUCGAUUUCACAACAAACCGCACAUCGCCCGGGUUCGGCAGUGCCUGCGACAAAUGAGGCGUCAAAUAGUAACCCUGGGAAAGGGUCCCAGCAUUACGCUAAGUUCCGAAACAAUCGUAGCGCGAGCAGCAGCCGAGUGUUAGGUGGACACAGAAGUGAAAUCAAGGUAGAACCCAAGGUGGACUGCCGACGGAAAAUCCAACCUAGAUUACCGAACAAGGGCAGCAGCGGAGUUGAGGAUGAAUCCUUCGCUACCGCUAGGAUCCCCAAAAUGAAGCUGUUGAAAGUAAACUAUGUGAAUUUAAAGAAAGAAGAAGGCGAAAAUAAGCAAGCGUCAGAGGUGGUGGAUACGAUCGAUCCAGCUGCACAAUCUUCGAUUCUGGAUAAUCAUGCAAUGGUUUUAAAGCAAGAUAUCGAUACGAAAAGUACAUCCUCCACAGCUAUUGUCGUGGAGUGCAAGACAAAGAGUCCUAAUAAUGGUAAGGUAGUGAAGAACAUGGUAAUUGAUCAGUUGCAACCAUCCACCCCAUUGAUAAGCAAAUGUGAAAAUAAAGAUAAAAGAACGUCAAUAACCAGCAAAGACCAGGAUCAUAAUGAUGGAGAAACUGGCAAAUCGAAAUAUUUGGUGUAUAAAAAACAUAAUGGUUUUGGUACUAACUCAUCGCACACAACGGAAAGUAGUUCGGCAGGUGGUAAAUUGCAGUACAUCAACGACUCGGAUAUCAAAAUCAAGGCAUUGGCGAAAAAAAAAUACGGUCUACUGUUUGAAAAUAAGAAGAAAAGCAAACUAGAAACGGUGCAAUAUUAUUUCGACAGCCGCGGCUACGAGCGGUAUGUAGACAACAAGUUAUACGGAGUGAUCAACGAGAAAAAGAACUUGGAUGCGCACACUGCGCAAUCUAGUUCUGCAGUUCUGACAAAGACUAGCGAUGUUCAACAUAAAAGACUCAGUUUGGAUGUUAGGCAGCACAACAGACCCAGCAUGAUGCGUGUGAUCAACCAAUCGCCGGCGGCCAAAAAAUGUGCCAACGUAAUCAUGAUGAACCAUCAAAUAUUGACAAAACCACUGAGUGCAGAGGCCCCAGAGUUGCUUGAAAGUGGAGGUUUGAAGCAGGAAAACUGUCGCAUGUUCAAACUUCAGAAAAGCCAUACGAGCACAAACUUACUUACGCGCCAUAAGUCGAUGAACGAUAUCCAUCGCAUCAAUCAACUGUUCCUGGAUUGCAAGGGGGAUUCUAACCCUGCUUCAAAUAUUUCACAAUCGAAUCGUCAGAAUUGUAAUUCCACCACUAACGAAAGCUGCGAUCCUAUCCGCCCAAAUAAUACGACAGCAGACCGAGAAACUACUACAGGGCAUCGGUUUGAGAAGCAUAGGAAAGCGGAGCCGAACAAAUAUCAAGUGCAUAAACGAUUAAGUGCCAGGUAUAAAACAGAAAGCAAUUUAACAAACACAAAUACAACAGAAGUAACGUUAUCUUCCGUUUCACCGGAUAAUGUCAACUCGUAUGGUUUAUCCGGUGACGACACAAUCAGCAAGCGCAUUCGACAAAUAAUUAAAGGACAAGACCAUAUUGGCUCGACAGAGGGUGUUGAUCAACUGGCAGAGAAAAGCAUGAACGAGGCUCAGAAAAAUGGAAUCGGUAAAGGGAAAAACGAAGAACAGGAACAGGUAAAGGUGUGUUCCAAGAAGUUUCAACGUUUGUCAAAGUCGAAAUCCACUGAAAAGCUUAUCUUGGAUAGAAACCAGAUCGGGGAUGCAGCAGAAAGAAAGGAGAAAAAUAGUAAGACAAGCAGUACUUGUGGUUACAAGAACUGUAAAUUUUCAAACUGUCCAAUGUCUUCGUCGUCUUCUUCAUCCUCAGCUUCUUCGACCUCAUCAUCUGUCUCUUGCAAGACUAGAGCUAGGAUGGAGGGCUGUAGCGAGAAGGUUCCGUCAACUGCCAUCAAUAACAGAACACCCCCACCAGAAAAAUUAGAAAUAAUUUCGAAUGGCAAACGAACUUCGGUUGUGAGCACAGAUGAUGGCGAUAUGGCGAAGGCGAGCAAGAAGGAAUCGUCCGCGUGUAUAAAGGAUCAGUUGGUAAUUAAUAACCUCCUUAACAGCAGCACGUUCAAUGAAAAAAUGAAUAAUGCUACUACCACCGAUAUAAAGCAUAUGAAUGACGAUUCGCGUGUUAUUAUAACUUCCAAGAUAAAGCAAAUAGAUUUGGAGAGCAACAGUAUGAUCAUUGAAAAAUCCUUGGCUCAAUCUCCCCAGAACUGCCGAAUUUCAUCGUCUCGCCAUAAGUUUUGGAAUCAUCAAAAUCAGCGCAACAUUAAACUGAAAAACAAUCCGCAAACAAAGGCUUACGACGACAAGAUAGACAUAAACAACAAGAUAAAAAACGAAGAGAAUAACAGCAUCAAAAUCUUCAUCAGCAGCAGUACCGGUUCCAAUGGAAACAGUUGUAACGUCUUACCAGAACCUGUAUCGCUGAUCUCUACUACGAAUGUGGGCGAUAGAUCUUCUUCCUGUUCCUACGCAUCCACCUCUUCUUGUGGCUCUACCGGGAGUGAAUCCGAUAAGGACGACGGUUACUGCGACCAGAGUGAAUGUUCAACUAUUCCCGACAAGCAGCAACCAUCUUCGAUUGUGUCGACAAGCAGCAGUACCAUCAGUAGCAAUAGUAGCUGCAGUAACGACAGCAGCACAGUUUGCAGCGAGUCCACCCAUGUUUCAAAUGUUACCUGUGCAAACAGUUUACCGGGCGGAAACGGUUCAGCGACCACGAUUACAAACAGUGGCGCAAAUCGAUACACUUCUAAAACAAGUAUCCGUUUAGGAUGUGAUGGCUCGCUUUUCUUAAACCGGAACUAUCUCGAGGAAGUUGAGGGACCUUCAAGCCCGGUAACGAGCGAUUUGGAUGGUGAUGAUCACGAAAAUGCAUCUAGUGAUUUUCGAGAAUGUUUUAACACGGUCAAUGUUUGUUGUUGUGCCCUAAAAAAACCGCAAACAUUUGCCCACCGUUCAUCGUGUCUUGUCAGUUCGAUAGAUGUGACAAAUGCUAGCAGCACGGGAAAAUCGGCUUUAGAAUGCAACCUGUUUAGAGCUUCGGCAGCAACAGCCAACAAUGCUUUGCAGAGUGAUAAUGCGUUACAUAACAAGAAUGAAACCUGUGUGUGUGUUAAAAAGCACAGAAAUUCUCAAAACAAGAAUGAAAAUUAUUCAUCACGGCCACGUUCGAUUGAAGGACCCCUGGACUCGGGUAUUUCGAUUAGCAGCGAUACGGCCAUAACCAGCUCGGACAGUGAUCUGAAUUCGCAAAGCCAAACGGACGCUGACGAAAGAAAGCUGAAGAGAGGACACGUGCUAGCUGAACUUUUGGAAACGGAGCGUAUAUAUGUCGCUGAAAUGGGAUCUAUUUUGAAGGGCUAUAAGGAUGAAAUGCUCUCGGAGGAAAUGAGCUCAUUGGUGCCGCCGGGUUUGCAAGGAAAGGCGGACAUACUGUUUGGCAACUUGCAUGAGCUGUACACCUUUCACAAUGACAUUUUCUUGAAGGAUUUGGAAAAUUGUAUUUCCACCACAGAACUUGUUGCCCUCUGCUUUGUACAACGGCGAGAUACGUUUUUCCGCCUCUACUCGUACUAUUGCCAAAACAUACCCCGGUCUGAACGUCUUCGGGAGACGCUCGUUGAUACGCAUCUGUUUCUGCAAGAAUGCCAAAAGAAGCUCGGUCAUAAAUUGCCGUUGGCCGCUUAUCUGCUAAAGCCGGUACAAAGAAUUACAAAGUAUCAACUUUUGCUUAAAGAUUUGCUAAAGUUCAGCGAUACUGGUACUUGCUCGCGAGAGUUGCAGAAAGCAUUGGAUUGUAUGUUGGUUGUAUUAAAGUGUGUCAAUGAUUCAAUGCACCAAAUUGCAAUAACGGGAUUUCCGGCUGACCUAUCCCAGCAAGGCGAACUACUCAUGCAAGAUUCGUUCCAAGUUUGGACGGAAAGUAAAAAAGACUUGCGGCUUCGACUGAAAACACAAAAUAGGCACAUUUUCUUGUAUCAAAAGGCAAUGCUAUUUUGUAAACAAGGGUCGAAAACGGGGCACAACAAGAGUACUUAUCAAUUUAAACACUGGCUACAGAUGUCACAAAUCGGUUUAACGGAAUCCGUUCGCGGCGACUCUAGACGAUUCGAGGUCUGGCUGCAAGGACGCCAAGAAGUGCAUACUAUACAAGCUACCACUAUUGAAAUAAAAAACAAAUGGGUCGCCGAAAUUAAGCGUGUUUUGCUGAACCAACUGGAAGAGCUAAAGGGUGAAAAAAUCAAGCAAUAUGGCUUGAACCACAAACCUUUGCGGCACAUGACUUCAUGGGACGUUCCACAAGCUGUGCAGGGAACACCGAACCGGAUAUUAAGCAGCGACCAACAGCCGCCAUUGCAGGCCAACGGUAUAGGCAUAGGUGGAAUGGUCGGCCUGGCACAGGACGUGGUCACACGGAUAGCUCACAUGAACGAUGAUAGUCUUCUAAACGCUACCGGAAUCUCAUGCUCCUCGUCCGAACACGAUAACCAGGAAAGCAAUGCAUGGAGCUCCGACUACUCGAAUAGCGAAGAUGAGUUCACUACUGUAGAGGAUAGUGUCGUGCCGGGGCAUAAGUUUGUGUCAUUGGCUGAUUACUGUGCAAUGGGAAAUUCAGAAGUAUCUAUGAAAGAGGCUGAAGUAGUGGAGCUGCUGAAAGUCGGCUGUGCAGGAUGGUGGUUUGUGAAAGUGAUCGCUACCGGCCUGGAAGGAUGGGCUCCAGCAGCAUACUUAGAGCCAGUGGCACGCAAAAAUUCCCGCCUUAGAAGCGCGCGCAGCCAAGACCGACUGAACGACCACUAAAAAACCAAAUAUAAGUUUAAUAACGCAUAGGAGCUAUUAACCUAUCGAUCGUACUACCAUCUAAAAGGAUGGAUGAAUUGAGCCAAAGUAUAUGAAAAGGAACGGUCUGGAGUCUAUGGAAAACGUAAUAAUCUCACUUAUUUAGAUAGUCAAUAUCUAUGAUCAUGUUGUCACUAUACGGACCCGACAACAGACAUGACAAAGUCUGAAUUAUGUACCUCGAAUUGCUACGUCAAUUCUUUACUAUGUUAGCAAAAUCUAAUCCUCGAAAUGUUUUCGAUUAAUGCUUUACUAUUUCGUCUUAGCGAAUGACACGCUGUUUAACAUUCAACAUGGUAAUACGACAUUGCCAGUAAACGUAUAAAGUAAUCCGAACAUUAUCCAAUAUCGCUCGAUAGUCAGUUCGAUUCCUUUGUAUCUUGCGUAUUUACCAAAAGCAAUCAACGUGAAACACAUCGGUUUGUUUCAUCCUGGAAAAAUGCGUGAAAAAAUUGAAUGACAAAUGCAUGGAUAUGGGAAAUUGGUACAUCAAUCAGCAUACACUAGUGAACCCGUACAAUUGCGACAAAAAAAGAAAAAAUAGCGCUGUUUAUAGAUACAUGUACUACUUUAUUUUCGCUAAUGUAUAACCGAAUGAAGAAAUAAUGGUGCUUUUUAGACACUCAAUUGAACCACCACAUUUGCAGAACUCACCUACGUGUAAUACUGUCGAAUGUCUGCUGGGUAUGUCCUGGGUAAAGUUGUAAAUCUCAUGAUCGUAAUUUAAUCCAAUAGUCAUUUUUCGUUUUCUCGGUUAAGUUUCUAUAAUCGUUUGAGUUCUGCUUGAUUAUUCAACGUAAUAUGUCAUAUAUCCGUAAGUUUUGUUAUAUUUUUUCCAAUAGUCGCGUGAAUGUUUCGCUUCAUUGUGUAUAGCUUAAAAAUGAUCGAAGAAAAUCUAUUUAAUUAUAGCAAUUGAUUAAUGUAAGGUAUAACGUUUAAUAAUCUUUGAAAAAGGUGAUUAAAUCGCUCAUGUAAGACAGUGAAAUAUGAUUGCGCACGCAAUUUAACAAAUCGAAUAAUCUUUAAGUCAAUGAAAGAAACCGCCGAUGGUGACAUUAAUUGAUCGUGAUAUUGAAAUAAAAUAAAAUAAUCUUUCAGGAAA